AUGGACCAAACAAAGACGAAAAGCACUGGGAGCAGGGCUACACUAUCCAAAUUCUUCGUCUCCAACCCGACCGUCUCAUUCGUCCGCUUCUGCUCUAUGAACCUUGCGUCUGCCAUUCGAGUGUCGGUUAUGCCAAAGGAGUCGGCCCUCGACAUUGCGGAUCGGGGCUUCUUUGCCUCGUCAGGCACUUCGUUCUCCGCCGCUUCGACGGCCAUGGAUACCCUUAUCUGGGAUAAUCUAAGCCUCGGAUUUGACGAUAUAAUCCCGGACUGGGACUCGUUGAGGAUUUGCACUUUCUACCCGGCACAUGCGAUGGUCAUGUGUGCCGUACGGGAACCUCUUGAGCCCGAAAUCAAGGACAGCGAUAGCGGUGGCGAUGUAAGUAUGGCUACUUACGAUGGGUUCGACCUGUGCCCAAAAACCAUUUUAUUCAAACAGGUGGCAAGAGCAGCCAAGUCUGGGCAAAACAUCCUGAUAGGAUUGGAACUUGAACUGCUCCUCUAUGAAAGCGGAAUGGACUUUACUCGUUCACGGACGUACGCGUGUUCCUAUAACACCAGCUCACUUCAUGGCAAAUACGCUCCAGUAAUGGACGAAAUAGUUCUCGACAUUGGCAAUGCUGGGAUUAAGGUUUUGAAGUACCACCCCGAGGGCUCGACCGAUGGAGUCUUUGAGAUCGUCCUCGCACCUUACCCGCCAAUGGAAGCUGCAGACGCAAUGAUAUUUUGCCGCGAGACCAUCAAGACUGUCGCUAAGAAGCAUGGACUCGAGGCUACUCUAAUGCCGAUGCCUUUCGAGAAGGGACCACCUAGAAUAGGGGCACAUACGAACGUAUCCAUUUCAGAUCCAUCCAACGGCAAUGCACAUCACUUCCUUGCCGGAGUGCUUGACUCCCUGGUCGCCAUUUCCGCCUUCGCAAUGCCCAGCAUCGAAAGCGGCUCGCGCGCUAAUCGAUGGGUCCAAUGGGGCAGACUAAACAAAGGGUGCUUGGUCAAUGAGCGCCGCGAGGGGUUUUGGGAGAUCAGGUGUCCGGAUGGGACCAUGAACCCCUAUCUUACCUUUGCCGCUAUAAUCGCGUCUGGCAUGACGGGGGUGGAGACUAAGAAAGAGUUGACCCUGAAACCUAUAAAUGGACUGAGCAUGGACAUGGAGACUUUGACAGAUGAUGAGAGAAAGAACUUUGGCAUCAAGCACAAUAUCUCCGACUCGCUUGGAGUGUUGGUCGACGCCCUGAAAGAUGACAAGUUACUUCGGAAUGCGGAAUAUGGAUUUGGUGAACGGUUUGUCAAGUUCUACUCAACAGUCAAGACAAAAGAAAUUGAAGAUGGCCAACCCAUGACGGUUCUAGAGCGGAAGGAAAGGCUCAGACACCUAUUUUGA